GCGGUGCGGCGCGGCGCGUCCCCGGGCAGGGGGCCGGUCCGUGCCGCCGCUCCCGGCUCGGGCCCUGUGCGGGCUGCGGUCGCCGCUGCCCGGCCCCGCCGCCGUGCGCGCGUUGCUGGGGGCCGGUAGCGCGGCUCCCAUUAUGGUCAGCCAUGGCGUGGCUGGCGGGCGGGCUGGCCGAGCUGCGCUGGUGCGCGCUGGUCGCCCUCUUCGUGGCGGCGCUGGCCACUCUGGCCGUCUACCUGGUGCAGUAUGCGCUGCUGGCCCUGCGGCGGGGCCGGCCGCCGCCACCGCUGCCGCCGGCGCCGCGGCGGGACGAGCUGCUGGAGGAGGGCGGCUCGGUGCUGGCCUGGGCGCUGUCGCUGGGCAGCUGGCGGCGGCAGUGGCGGCGAGCCUGGGUGGCGGCGCUCAGCGCCGAGGCGGCGACGCGGGCGGAUUCACUGUUGCUUACAUUUGAGGAAGAUGACCCACCAGAACCACUUGAGCUAGAAGUUAAACAAGUUGUUAGUAUUGUAAAGUCAGCUCAAGAGAAGGUGGUUUCUUGCAACGUUGUGGGAGAUUCCGUUAAAUUUGUUGUCACUGUCUCACAUACUUCGCCUGCAGCUGCGGAAGGUCAGUCGUACAGUGUGAAACUGUCUCCACUUCACUUGCAGCUUCAGCUCUACAUGAAAGACAAAGGGGAAGAUGUCAAAGUUGAGUGGUUCCUCAUUAAUGCUGAUGAAAUAAACUUUGAAAUCCAGCCAAUAGUGCAGGAGGGACAGGCAGCAGGGACGUGUGCAAUAUCUGAAACGCUCAGAGAUGUUUUGAAGAACCUCUUUAGCUCGGUUUCUCCAUCUGUAGUGUUGAGUACAAGGCCUACAGAUAUAAAGGAGGUUCAGAAUGUACACAACAUAAGCCUUCUCCCUCAGGGCACUAGUCCGCCUAAACCUCCAAGGGCUCAUGAACUCAAACUGCUGGUGAAAAACAUCGCGGUAAACCUAACUGAUCACAGUGCUGCAGGCAGCACAAACCUUGCAUGUAUAGUUCAGUUGAAUGACCCUAUGCAGAAGUUUUCCAGCUCUGUAGCCAAAAAUGCUGCAAAUCCCUUUUGGAAGGAAGAGUUUAUCUUUGAACUAAGUGCCAAAUCAAAAGCAUUGCAACUGCAAAUAGUAGAAGAUGGAAAACUGGAUAGUCCUUUAUCCACAAAGGUGACUGUACCUCUAGACUUGUUCAGGAAACAACCUUCUGGCCAGCAAAGCUUUGCACUGAACAGCAGGGCCGGUGAGAGCAGCCCAGAGCCAGGGCCCCGGCUGGGAUCCAUUAGUGCAGAGUUCUCUUUUAUAGAACCCCAUGAAUUAAAGACGUGGCAAGUCUCUUCUCCAGUGCUGGCCACUAAGAUAGAAAAGGAUCGCACUGUGAUGCCCUGUGGGACUGUUGUCACUACUGUAACUGCUGUGAAAACCAAACCUCGUUUAGAAGGGAGAUCGUCUCCACUGAGCACAGAUUCUCCUGCGAAAACUCCAGUUAAAGUAAAGGUGAUUGAAAAGGAUUUCUCUAUUCAAGCUAUCCAUUCUCAUGGUGCUCCAGUCAGCAAAACUUUAUCGUCUUCAGAUACAGAACUGCUGGUCCUGAAUGGCACCGAUCCUGUUGCAGAAGCAGCCAUUCGGCAGUUAAGUGAGUCUGCAAAGCAGAAGCUGAAGUCUCCUAGAAAGAAAAGCACCAUUAUCAUAUCAGGGGUGUCCAAGACCUCUUUAUCUCAGGACAGUGAAGCUGCGCUGAUGAUGGACUAUGCUGCAGCCAUGGACAGCUCCUGCAAAGAAGUAGAUCCCUCCACUGUGGACGAAGCUGUUGCAAAAGUCACUUCUGAUGAAAAGCUGUCAGUAGGUGCUUCAGAAGUAGUACCCGAUACUGAGCCACAGCAAAGUGCCCAUAAGGCUUGGGGAUUGGAGAAUGGCAGCCAACAGUGGGACACCAACACGCUUUUAGACCAGACCUGUGAAGAAAUAUCUGGGAGCUCAUUAAGUGUUUCAGAAACUGGGAGCAUGAAAAAAUCUAAAGGUGGGAUUUUGAAAAAAAGUGCAAAGCUCUUUUUCCGCCGGCGACAUCAUCAGAAGGAUCCAGGAAUGAGUCAAUCGCACAACGAUCUUGUCUACCUGCAGCAGCCACUGUCAGAGGAAACACGCAAGAAGGGAGGCACUCUUUCACGUAUUCUGAACAGAAAGCUCCUUUCCAAAAACAAAAGCAAGAACAAACUGAAUGGUGCUUCAGCAGAACCAUACAUAUAAGACUGAACACUCUCUGAUGGGAUACUUGCACAUCAGUUGACCGUUUGUUUACAGAGCAGUACUAGAGAAUACAGAUAAGACUGAUUAAUUGCAUAAAGUGAUGUUCACUAGUACAGUGGUCCAAGAAUAAACAGAAAGCUUGUCUUUUUUGUUUAUUUUUUCUAGAACACUUUUUCUCUCUGAUUAUAAAGUUGCUCCUCUAAAUACAAGCAGUGCUAAUUGUAUUGUGACAGCUUUUGAAGGACCAUGUGGUUUAUUGUAGAAGAUGAGAGAGGAUGAGAAAUGGUACAUGUGGGAAGGACCUGCAUGUAAGCACCUAGUUUACAUUAAUGUGGAGCUAAGAACUGAAACAUCAUACCUGCUAUAUGACUGAACCACUGUAAAGAGAGAAGAUACCACUGUGCUUCCUUACUGAGCCUGGAAUAGUAGCAACACAAGCCUCAACUUGUUUUUCUAGUCAGGCUGAAAGGGAAAAAGAGAGGCCCAGAUCCAGUUUGUAUUGUGGUUUGGAAACUGGUAAGUUUUCAGAAGCAGAACUAAAAUGCUGAUUAAGAUAGCCUACUGUAAUAACUCUAGCCUGCUGUAAUAACUGCUCAGUCCAUGUAGGUGGAGAGAUGCCUUUGAUAUUAGCCAUAAAUCAAUAAAUUAUGCAAAUACUUAUACUA